AUGGCUGCGGUGAUCAAUGCAAGACCAGGAUCGUCCGCUCAGAGUAGCAUGGGCUCCGGAAAGCCAGUGCUGCUGCACAAAAUCGAAGGUCAGGUAUCGCGGAUCAAUGCGGUUUAUCUGCUUGCUGCUGAGGAGGGGCUGAUAACGGCAAGUGAUGAUCGUUCGGUUCGUGUCUACCUGAAACGUGAAAAUGGCCAGUUCUGGCCAUCAAUCCAUCAUUUCUUGCCUUUCGCUCCCUCCGCCAUGUAUUUCGAUGAGAAAAAUCUGAGGUAA